AUGGAUGUUUCGACUGUGGUCGAUGACAGUGGAAAUGCCAUAUCUUUCAAACAAUAUAAGGGAAGGAGAUUUCACCCUUCAAUGGUUGGUAAUAUUGCCGACACCCUUGCCAAUAUAUCUUCAUUACGCGUUUUAAAAGACGACGUUCUGCUGUGUUCAUAUCCGAAAUCAGGUAUACACUGGGUACAUAGUAUGGUCCAGAUGUUGCGAGGCAAAUCUCUCGAGUACCAUGGAUCACCUUGUAUGGUCGAGUUCGACAAUUUGACAUCAGUUAACUCGAACAGAACGUACGGAACCCACUUGACCUACCCAUUCAUCCCAGAAGAAGCAAAAAAGGGCAACGUCAAAGUGAUACAUGUGUUGAGAAAUCCUAAGGAUGUGUUAUGUUCUUUUUACGAGUACCAGAGAAAACUUGACAAUGGCCUAUAUAAAGGAGAUUUCAACGGAAUGCUGAACUGCUUCUUGUCAGAUGGAGUACCCACAUGUGGUGCUUCAUGGUUCACCCAUGUAAAGGAAUGGGAAAUGGCCAAAAAGAUGAAUCCUCGUCUGAAUUGUCUGAGUCUACGGUACGAGGAUUUAAAACGGGAUCUAUUUUCAAAUAUUGUUAAAUUGGCAAUGUUCCUAGACGUCGACCACGAUGAGAAAUUUCUAAGGCAGGUAGAACAUGCUUUGUCCAUUGACAACCUGAGAAGAGAACAUAAUACACCAAAAGGAGGGACCAAAAAAUAUUCAACUUGGAUCAAGGAUGGGAGGCUUCCAAUUUAUCGAAAAGGAAUCGUCGGAGAUUGGAAAGAAACACUGACGGUUAAGCAGAACGAGACUUUUGAUGCUGUAUUUAAGGAGAAGAUGGCUGACAUGUCUAUUGAUCUCGAUUUCGACUUUGAGUAA